AGCCAUGAAGACCCUGGUUGGUAUAGUGGCCCUGGCCACCUUGUGCUUGGUGGCCACAAGCGCUGAGCCUUCCCCAGAUGCUGAGCCUAGCUACUUCCGUAGAGGUUUCGGUGGAGGCUUCGGACACUAUGGUGGAGGAUUUGGACUCCACGGAUUUAGAGGAAAGAGAAGUGCUGAGGCUGACCCUGAAGCAAUUGCUGACCCUGAAGCCGACCCCAGCUUCUACGGUGGCAGGGGCUUCGGUGGUUACAGAGGAGGUUUCAGAGGCUUCGGAUAUCGUGGAAAGAGAAGUGCUGAAGCUGAUCCUGAAGCAAUUGCUGACCCUGAAGCCGACCCCAGCUUCUACGGUGGCAGGGGCUUCGGUGGAGGCUUCGGUGGUUACAGAGGAGGUUUCGGAGGCUUCGGAUAUCGUGGAAAGAGAAGUGCUGAAGCUGAUCCUGAAGCAAUUGCUGACCCUGAAGCCGACCCCAGCUUCUACGGUGGCAGGGGCUUCGGUGGUUACAGAGGAGGUUUCAGAGGCCUCGGAUAUCGUGGAAAGAGAAGUGCUGAAGCUGAUCCUGAAGCCGUUGCUGAGCCUGAAGCUGAUCCAAGCUUCUACGGUGGCAGGGGCUUCGGAGGAGGCUUCGGGGGUUACAGAGGAGGUUUCGGAGGCUUCGGAUAUCGUGGAAAGAGAAGUGCUGAAGCUGAUCCUGAAGCUGAUCCCAGCUUCUACGGUGGCAGGGGCUUCGGUGGAGGCUUCGGUGGUUACAGAGGAGGUUUCGGAGGCUUCGGAUAUCGUGGAAAGAGAAGUGCUGAAGCUGAUCCUGAAGCAGUUGCUGAGCCUGAAGCUGAUCCCAGCUUCUACGGUCACAGGGGCUUCGGUGGAGGUUUCGGUGGUUACAGAGGAGGCUUCGGAUAUCGUGGAAAGAGAAGUGCUGAGGCUGAUCCUGAAGCAGUUGCUGAGCCUGAAGCUGAUCCCAGCUUCUACGGUCACAGGAGCUUCGGUGGAGGCUUCGGUGGUUACAGAGGAGGCUUCGGAGGCUUCGGAUAUCGUGGAAAGAGAAGUGCUGAGGCUGACCCUAAAGCCGUUGCCGAACCUGAAGCUGAUCCCAGCUUCUACGGGGGCAGGCGCUUCGGUGGAGGCUUCAGAGGCUUUGGAGGUCGUAGGUACUACGGCUAAAUUUUGACUCCACUCUCCCGCCGCAAUGUUCACAGACAAUGACUCCUUAUUUCGAUGCGACACUUUAAAUAUUACAAUAAAUAUAUAGCAAAUUAA